GGCCCAUUAGGGUUCACUUCCAUAAUCGGCACCUAUAAACGCUCCUCUCACGCCCACGGCCGCCGCCUUCACCCGCCGCCGCCUCCUCUCGUCAUCUUCGUCCCCUUAGGCUAGGUUAGGCUAGGGUUUCGACGAGCUCGCGGAAAUGGUGGCCUUCAGGUUCCAUCAGUACCAGGUGGUGGGGCGCGCGCUGCCGACGCCCGGCGACGAGCACCCCAAGAUCUACCGCAUGAAGCUUUGGGCCACCAACGAGGUCCGCGCAAAGAGCAAGUUCUGGUAUUUCCUGAGGAAGUUGAAGAAGGUUAAGAAGAGCAACGGCCAGGUCCUUGCCAUCAACGAGAUCUUUGAGCGCAACCCAACGACGAUUAAGAACUACGGCAUCUGGCUGCGCUACCAGAGCAGAACCGGCUACCACAACAUGUACAAGGAGUACCGUGACACAACCCUGAAUGGCGCUGUGGAGCAGAUGUACAAUGAGAUGGCUUCUCGCCACCGUGUGAGGUCCCCCUGCAUCCAGAUCAUCAAGACCGCGACAGUGCACUUCAAGCUGUGCAAGAGGGACAACACCAAGCAGUUCCACAACAGUGAGAUCAAGUUCCCACUCGUGUACCGCAAGGUCAGGCCGCCGACAAGGAAGCUGAAGACCACGUUCAAGGCUUCGAGGCCGAACCUGUUCAUGUGAUUUAGCUGUGGUCAGUGUAUGUGAUCGUAAGAGUCGGAAGUGUUUUGUUUUAAGUUUUGACUUGCUAAGACCUCAGUGGUUUGAUGAUUCAACUCGUUUUGAAACGUGCUUGGUGAACCAUUUGUGCAUCAACGUAUUGCGAGUUGUUCGCACUUGGCACACUAGAAGUGAUAAUGUUGAUCUAUUUGCGAGUUUGAUUUA